UGUGUAAUGUCAUAUAGGUGGUAAAACUUUAGAACACGAAGCUCAAUUAUCACUGGUUCCUGUCCAUGUUGUUACUGAGGCUUCUCAACUCCCAGCUGAGUUCCUUAACCCUUCACCUGAGAAGCAAUUGAUCAUCGGGUUUGACUGUGAGGGUGUUGACCUGUGUCGACAUGGGACCCUUUGUAUUAUGCAGCUUGCAUUUCCAAAUGCUAUAUUUUUGGUUGAUGCCAUUCAGGGUGGAGAGGUGCUUAUUAAAGCAUGUAAGCCUGCACUUGAAUCUAGUUACAUCACAAAAGUUAUUCAUGAUUGCAAGCGAGAUAGUGAGGCAUUGUACUUUCAGUUUGGCAUCAAAUUGCACAAUGUUUUUGACACUCAGAUUGCCUACUCUUUGUUAGAGGAGCAAGAAGGACGGACUAGAGUGACAGUUGACUAUAUAUCUUUUGUUGGUCUCCUUGCAGAUCCACGCUAUUGUGGCAUUUCAUAUUUGGAGAAGGAAGAGGUCCGUAUUCUCCUUAGACAGGACCCUAACUUCUGGACAUACAGACCAUUAUCUGAAUUGAUGAUCCGUGCAGCUACGGAUGAUGUUCGCUUUCUUCUCUAUAUCUAUCAUAAUAUGAUGGAGAAACUAAACCAAAGAUCAUUGUGGUAUCUAGCAGUUCGUAGUGCAUUGUACUGCCGAUGUUUUUGCAUCAAUGCAAAUGAUUAUGCUGAUUGGCCUCCUGUCCCUCCUAUUCCAGAUAACCUUGUAGGCAUGGGUAAUGAUCCUGAGGAGGAAAUCCUUUCAAUUCUUGAUGUUCCCCCUGGAAAGAUGGGACGUGUCAUUGGAAGAAGAGGGGCCUCCAUUUUGUCAAUAAAGGAAUCUUGCAAUGCCGAAAUUUUCAUUGGAGGUUCAAAGGGUCCUCCCGACAAGGUAUUCAUAAUCGGACCAGUGAAACAGGUGAGGAAAGCAGAGGCCAUGUUGAGGGGGAGGAUGCUGGAACUAUAUUAGGGAACAUUGUUUGUCAUGCAUCCCUUCAACAGAUAACAAAUUCCAAUCCAUAGAAUUUGUGUUUAAAUUUCCCAAAUCAUUGCCUGUCUAUCUAAUUUACUAUGAUCUAUCAUUUACCCGUUUAAAUAGAUGCUGGUUUCAUACAGUUAUUAAACAUCAUAUUGCUGUUUGAGAUAGGCUUAGAUGAAGAGAAUUUGAGAAGCUAAACUGUUAGUUGCAAAACCCUAAGCCUGUCAUGGGUUGCUUUCUUCAAGAUGUGAUGAUGAUUGGCUCAGGGUAGAACUGGUUAAAUCCAGCUUUUACUUGUACUAAUAUGCAUUGCGGGCUCACGGUGGGUUCAGCCAGACGGUUGGUUGCUUCCACAUUUCAUUAUAAGAAAUGUGAAUCAUCUCUAGAUUUAAAUUCCAUUGCAGUUACUUUCAUGCU